GGCCACAUGGAGAUCGAUACAGUAGCAGUACACAGAGUCGUCGUCGAGGCGCACGGCCGUAUGGAGGCGCUUUGAACGCCACAGCAAGUCUCCGCUAGUAACAGGUGGUUCGCGUUGGUUGGUCGAGCGACUCGGCGGCUCGGCAUUUUCUCUCCGCUCCGUCGUGUGCGCAAUCAUAGCAGCCGUGGGCCGCUGAGGCAAAGCGCCGCGGCAAGCAGCGCCAGGAACCGACGACAAAGACUGAAGUGCGAGUUAGAGCUGGUUCAGUGCGGCCGUAGUCCCACGUGCGUUCGGAGCUGAGGCUUCGCCGUUGUCGAACGAUCGACCGUCGCUGCUCGCUCGCCGUUGUUGCUGCUCCUCGCCGCUGGCGGCUCGCCUCCCACUUCUCACGCGCAUCACACAGGCGCGCGCGUCCGCCGCGGCUUGUUUUCCGAGCCGCCGCGAAAAAUUCGAAAAGGACAACGCCCAGUGCUCCUCGGUCGCGCGAGUGUGUUGUGAUCGACGCUGCCAAGAGAGUGCUUCGAGCUCGCACGUUUGCCGGCGAUUCGGCGAAGCGCAAGCGUCACAGUGAAAGGGCUCUCUCUCUCUCUCCCCACGAUGCUGCGCUACUGCCGCUGUUGAAACAAUCCGAGAAAGACCGCCGUUGAGCGACGAUUGAAAGUCAAGAAGCAAGGAGAGGACGGGAGGGAAGAAGCCGGUUACAUUGGCCGUGUGAGCGGAGCUUUUCAAGAGUCAUAGACAGAGCAAAGGAUGAUGGAGUAUUAUGACGCUGGGACAAGCGACCUCAAGGAACUUUGGGGGGACUACUCCUACUUUGUCGACACGAGCCUUGGUCAAGAUGUGUUGAUGUGCAAAGAAGACGAUUGGAUAAUGGGACUCCGUGACAAGUCAUCUUGUGGUGGGGUUGUACUUCGAGAUCGACUGAUGACCGAUGCCGCACUGGGUGGACCAAAACCAAUUAAAAACGAGCACAGCUACAGCUUACUGGCGUCCAGUCCACCGCGAACAAAUGUCGAGAGCAAUGGACCAGCGGUCAGGGUACAGAAGAUUAAACAGCCACACCAUCAGAUUGUCUGUUCCACUAGUGAAACUAGCAGGAUCGACGUGACGGACAUGGAGGAGGAGUGUUUCCCAGCAAUCUCGAUGAACACGGCAUCUGGUAGAGAUUCAUUGCGCUCGACGCCGGAACCUUUUCAUACGACGGAAUGCAAUGUCAGGCAGCAAGAAGAGCGAGAAACUGCCGAUGCUGCCGGAGAUGAGGAGACAAACGAGGCAACAACAGUAGUCAAUUGCUCGGCCGUCAAAGGUGAACCACUUAGCGCCCCUUGCAGUCCUUGCGCCUCCGAUCCUGCCAUGCUUCUCGAGGAGAAGAACACCGUUGCUAUAUCGCCUCACAGUAUACACCUUGCUGCUUUCGCUAACUCGCAGAGUAGUGACAGCGAAGAAGACGAAGAGGAGAUGCCGAUGGAAUUCAAAGUCGAGGAUUAUCACGUGAUGGGUUGCGAGGACGACGCUGUUGAUCAGACGUCAAACCAAGAAUUGCCACCAACCCCACCAAGUAGCGCAAGCUCGGAUAGCGAGGGUACGGUCUCGGCCUCGUGUUCGCCCGAGCGAAGGGAUUCUCAUGGCUCUGUUCACGUACAAAAUCUCCGUGGCUUUCUACAGCCAAGGCUAUAUGUCACAGCCAGUGGCACUAUAGGCCAACAUGCCACUAGCACGCGUCAGCCGAUACAUACUCCACUGAUUUCCUGCCAGCCGAAGGGUUCCACGGGCAUCCUCGUGUUGACCGAAGAAGAAAAGAGGACACUGAUAGCCGAAGGAUAUCCCGUGCCAACGAAAUUGCCCCUCACCAAGCAGGAAGAGAAGUCCCUAAAGAAAGUACGCAGAAAAAUAAAGAACAAGAUAUCCGCCCAAGAGUCUCGUAGGAAGAAGAAAGAGUACAUGGACGGUCUCGAGAGGCGAGUAACGCUUCUAACAAACGAGAACAGCACCUAUCGAGAAAAGUUGUCCACCCUGGAGAAUACCAACCGUCAGCUUAUGAAGGAGCUGCAACGCUUGCAAGCGUUGAUCCAACGAAAGUGAAAGUCUUCCUAGAUAACAUGAAAAUAAAAAAGAGCAGCCCCCGACGGUGCUUGUGAGCUUGUACUGAUACGAUAAUAAUCGUAUACAGACUUGUUUUGUGGCCUUCGUAGUAGUAAACGUGUGCGUACCUGCCGCCCCAAAGAGAAUGUACGUUUCUUAUUAAAGGACCUAAAAAACAAAUAACAAAAAAAAAAAAGAAAAAAAAAAAAAAGAGAAACAGAACGGCGAGUAAAACUCUUUCUUUUUUUCUCUUGCCAUACAUGGCGUUUUUAUUAGUUAGGGAUUUAAGGGUCCGCAAGGUAUGCUCUUACGUGCGCUACAAUUUAUACGUAAAGAUGAUAUAGAAAAAAAAGGGACGUCCGUUAUUAAAUUUUUUCUUAGUGCUAAGCGUAAAACUUUUUUCUUUUUCUUUUCUCUUGUCUCAAAAUGAUCCAAGCAUUUUUUGUUGAUGAUCGACAGAUGUUAAAAGAAAAUGUUGCUGUUCAAAGUAUAAUACAGAAAUGAUGUACAUAGAGAGUUUGAGAAGUUAUAUACAAGGCAACGAGUGUUGAAACAUUCUUAUCGAGUCAUGCCUUAUAAUAUAGCCCUAGUUUUGCUGCGCGACCAACAAACUCACGUCGUCAUUAAUGUCUUGAUAAUGGACUGUUGCCAAAUCGCCCGGGAGUCGUGCAAAAGUGAUUAUCAUUGUUUUAUUGAUAUUGUUUCAUCUUUACACAUCAUCCAUUUAUUCAUUCCUUCUUUACUAUUAAUUUUACGAUUAACGAUUGUGUGAUUAAAAAAAAACGCAUUUAAUUACUUGUUUACUUUUUUCUUGACGGAAAAACAGAAUAGAGACAAGAAUAUAAGCUUCAUAUUAAAUAUAAUUCUAACUGUUCAAAUUUUGUCAAUUUUCCUGUCCACAUAAUCUAUAUCGAAGAUCUCGGUGUACAACAUUAUAUAAAGAUAUUUAUGCAAACAAAGCUUUUUGAUAUUUUUAUCAUUCGGUAUUUAUGUGUACAUCUUUUUUCCACGUAAUUGUGUCAGGAAAAAUGCAUUGAUCUUUCAUUUCUAUAUUUUAACUAAGCAUUUGACAAAGUUUUUCGAAUAGUUAUGAUUUUUUGUUUUAAAACAGGGCUGAUGCUAAUAGUAUACAAUCUACAAUCUUAAAGACUUAAUUUGUUGUUUGUUUUUUGAGAGCAAAAGACGAAAUGAAUAUACAUAAAGAAAAAGAUAAAUCAUAUAUUCUAUAACGAGAUUUUAUAAAAUGUAAAAUUAUAUUUGCGCCGCAUUUUAAAGAUAUAUUUCAUAUACAUAAUAUAUUUCACUUUACGUACAUGUUAUAGCAUAGCACUUAUAUAUAUUUUAUAUGAACGUAUAUAAAAUAUAUAUGCAGAACAGAAAGAUAUAUGAGUGGUUAUAUCAUCAAUUUUCCGAUCUAAACAAAAUUACAAGUCGUGUUGUUUUGUGUUACUUGUUGUAAACUAUCGCAUUAAACGAUAAUUUUUUUUCUUUUCUCAAAGAAGAACGCGUGUACCCAAAGCGUCCAAGCACGCGUCGCUCAUAUGCGCGUCAUAAAUGUUAAAUAUUUUAUUUAUAUACUAUAAGAGCGAGAGAUGAUUUAAAAGAAGAAGAAACGGAGAAAAAGUAUAUUAUUACUAUAAGCCGUAUGCGAGGUGAAUAUUAAAUUGUGUAUAUUAUGCGAAAACUUUCAAAGGUUAAUUAAGAAUCUGUUAACGACAUUUUAUAUGUUUUCAAAGAGUUAUUUUUGCUGCAUGUAUGCUUAAGCGAGUAAAUGAUUGUCAUAGCAACAUACUACAACUUUCGCAUACAUACCUCACUGAAUAGAUUGACUGGGUGUUGUCUGACAAUAAAAAAAAUAAAAAUCG